CCCACCAAACUAAACCCAACACAAUGUCCAAGAAACUACCAACUAUAUCCGUAACUGCCGACAAGCGGUCCACCCACUCCGAUUUAUCCUCCUCAUCGUCAUCCCAUGACACAGAUAGCAAUGACAUGGACUACGGGCGCAAUGGCGCCGGGGGCGUUACUGAUGUCGAAGAUUUUGACAGUCAGGUUGAGGUACUUAAGCCAAGCUCCCGGCGGAACUCCUAUAAUGCAUCCCUGAAGCCCAAAGCCCAUCUGAAAGCGAAUACGGGCGACAAUGAUGUAACUGACGUGGAGGACUACGAUACAGAAUCGGACGAUGAUGAGAAGAGCACAGCCUACCCAGAACUAAAGCUGUCACUGAGGGAGUUUCUCCAACAGGGACUUCAAAACCAAGAAGCAGUUGAUAAUGAUGCUAAGGAGAGCUGUGAAAUAAAAGCCGGAGAUUUCGUGCAAGCACAAAACCUAAAUGGUAUGGCAGACUAUCUGACUGAUUGCGAGGACUACGACACGGAUUCCGAAGUGGGCUAUGGCUGCGAGAAAUCCGUUUGCGUUGAUCUGGAUCAUGCCAUGGGCGAUCAGGGACGAGUUAAUAUAGCCGAUGGCGAGAAGAACCAGGACGACUCCGAUCAGUACGAAGAUGUCUCUGUGAUCAGUGACAUAAGCGAUCUAGCCUCGGCCAUGUCCGAUUGCACCGGCAUAGGGGUGCGUGGAAUGUCCGAAGAUGAGGUGUUGGAGGUAUCCGAGAGUGGUCAUGAAGAGGUUUGCCAAAUUGCCUGUUCGGGAUCCGAUUCAGAGUCGGAAGGGGCUGCAGCCUGGAGUCGGAGUGAAGGUGAUACCAGUUUUCCACAAAUUGAUGUGGCCUUUGUUAGUGCCAGUGGUCAGCCGCGACGAAACUCCAAGUCCAGUAUGUCCAUGCAAGGUCAGAAGAAUUUUCUACAGCUUGCCUCAAAACACGAAGAGGUUCUAACAGACGUUGAAGGCAUCGACGACUCAGCAGCCGAAGAAGAUAGUUUUGACAACGAGGAGGAGGACGAGCAGCCUAUACCACGUGCCAUUAUCCUUGCGUCCGGUGACGAUGGGACCUGCCUUACUGAUGUAGAGGACAUGUUCUGUGACGACACGUCGCUGUCCACUAGCGCCGAGCCAGAAGUUCGUUCAAUCUGUUUGGGGGCCCUACCAGUGCCACAUCGCGAGGUAGUGGUGCUUAAGGAGGACAAGAACGGGGACACUAUUACCAAUGUUAUGCCCAUGGACAGCAACUACGAAUUUGGAAUUUAUAACCACCUGAAGGACAUGAUCCACACUGAUUCCGAAGAUUAUUCGUGCGCCGAUGAGUGGAGCCUUCAACAUUCACUUGCCGAGGACGCUGCGAUGGGAGGACCAAGUCUUAUCGAAAACGAAGUAAUAGUGUCAAAUGAACUUUUAAAGCAGCAGCAGAACAAGCGCCUUGAGGUUCAGAGCAACGCUGAGUCCGUAACAGAUGUUGAGGAGAUCUUCGUGGCCGGAACAAAUCGCCGCAAGAAGCUAAAGACCCGCACUCUGAGCAAAGGCAAGAAUAAACUACUUGAAGCCGUGAAGGGCAAAGAGGAGGGAGUAACAGAUGUCGAGGACAUGGACCUAAGCGAAUGUGGCUUACCUCCAGGAGUGAAGCGCGUGGAGCAGCUGAAACAACAGGCUAAGGGCUCGAAUGCGGACAAGUUCUCUGAUUCCGAGGACGUAUCCACGGAUGAUGUAUCCGAUAUCUCAGAUGUCUCUGAUGCUCUACCACCAUCGACGGAUGACAAAACCAGCGGCAAGACAAAGCCACAACAGCUUCACUUUCGUCUGCUUAAAGAUGACAUAGUAAACCAACAGCUCACCGAUGUUGAGGACGUUCAGUUGCCAUCGGAAGCGGAGGACGCCUUGGAACCACCGGCCGUACCAGUUGCCAAUAGCAAUAGUAAAGAGCUGAAUGAUAUGCUGAACGAGAGCUACACGGUGGUGCACGAGAGGAGUGGUCGCAGUUUCAACAGCGAGGCCGAGAAGCUGCAUACUAAAGGCAUGAUCCGAGAUGCCAAUACCGACGUAGAGUAUGUUGAGUCCGACGAGUCAGCCGCCAGGGGAGGCAACUAGCCUGCUUCCCGUGUCCUCAUCCAAUCCGACUCUAUUCGAUCCCAAGCUGUUGCCAAAAUAAAUCUCAACAAUAGUUAAUAAGUGUUCAUAGAUACGAAAAACCCAACACACACAUUCAAGCAUUUUAAACCCUUCAAGAAAAGAAAGUAGACCUAUCCAUUCUGGAUACAGCAAAGAUCUCACAAGAAAUUGGUGAUGUUAAAGUUGGUGGUGGUGAUGAUGAUGGUGAUGGCG